GUUGGGUUGGUGGCUCCAGUGGCGAUUUCCUCAUCUGUAGUCAUUCUUGCAAAACAAAUCUUGGCUAAGCUUUGUAUUGUAGCUAUUUGUGUCUACCUCCCAUCCUCCUGUGAGUUCCUUGAGGGCAGAGGCUGUGAAUGACACGUUGCUGAAUUUCUAGAGCCCUGCAUGGGUAGAAGGAUCCGGUUUUUCCAUUGGUUGAUUUGACCUGGGAAGCAGACCAUAGGGGGCACAUUUCAAAUAGUAUCUGAGGGCCUGGUGGUGACAAAGAACUGGCAGAGGUGGGCCCCUGCUGUUGGAAGCCAGCAGGAGAGAUUAGCAGGGGAAAGAUGUGAAGAAGAAAAUUCAGAAUGCUGCUUUACCACCUAGAGGAAGUUUCUAGAACAAUCUAAAGGCAACGGAUAGGAAUUCGAAUGACCUGAAGCUGGCCGUUCUUUGUUCCCAGCCAGAAACAGUCUAAUCGGAAAGGAGUAGCAAGACGCCCAUAUUUGUUUCUGGCAAGGGCGGGCCGCUAGAGGAGCUGAAGCCAUGUCUAGUGCUGGCAGGAUGCUGUCACGACUUGGGCACCGGUAAUCUAACUCCGCGGCUCUCAUUGCUGAUCCCACCCGCUCUAGUUUUUAAAUUGUGGUUCCAGGGACCUCUCGGCAUCCCCCUGUCCGACCCCCAAAGCUGGGAAGGCUAAACAGAAAACAGAGAAGACCCGGAAGUUGUGAGGACCUCCAAGCACGUGAUGGGGAAACAAACAAACAAACCCGGUGCUGUCACGUGACCCGCCAACCUGCUGUACUUUGGAGCUGAACGUUCGGCUGCUCUUAAAGGUCGGAGCCAACCCUGAACUGUCGCUGACUUUGAAAGCUUCGAAAAUCUGAACUUGAUGCCAUGGGAGGCUGUGCGGGCUCGCGGCGGCGCCUUUCGGAUUCCGACGGGGAGGAGACCGCCUCGGAAUCUCGGCCCGCUCUGUUGGACCGCCAGGGCGUCGACUGGAGGAAGAACGGGAUGGGUUUCUGCGCAUCAGAGUGGAUCAGUGGAUGAGAAAUGCCCAGGAACUGAAUCAUGGCUCCUGGGCCUUUGCAACAACUUCUCUUACGUGGUGAUGCUCAGUGCUGCCCAUGACAUCCUUAGCCACCAGAGGGCAUCUGGGAACCAAAGCCAUGCUCUUCUCUUCCAUCAGGUGGACCCAGACCUAGCACCCACACCCCACAAUAGUUCAUCUCGAUUUGACUGCAGUUCUAUCUCCACAGCUGCGGUGCUCCUGGCAGAUAUCCUCCCCACCCUCGUCAUCAAAUUGCUGGCUCCUCUUGGCCUUCAUCUGCUGCCCUACAGCCCCCGGGUUCUCAUCAGUGGGAUCUGUGCCGCCGGAAGCUUCCUCCUUGUUGCCUUUUCUCAUUCCGUGGGGACCAGCCUGUGUGGUGUGGUCUUGGCUAGCAUCUCAUCAGGUCUGGGGGAGGUCACCUUCCUCUCACUCACCGCCAUCUACCCCAGGGCUGUGAUCUCCUGGUGGUCCUCAGGUACUGGGGGAGCAGGGCUGCUGGGGGCACUGUCCUACCUGGGCCUCACGCAGGCUGGCCUCUCCCCGCAGCACACCCUACUGUCCAUGCUGGGCAUCCCAGCACUGCUGCUGGCCAGCUAUUUCUUUUUGCUCACAUCUCCUGAACCCCAGGACCCUGGAGGGGAUGAAGAGGCGGAGACAGCAGCUCGGCAGCCCCUGAUAAACAGCGAGGCCCCACAGUCAAAGCCAGACUCCAGCUCAGACCUCUCCAUUCAGGAAAGGUGGACUGUUUUCAAGGGCCUGCUGUGGUACAUCAUUCCCUUGGUUCUGGUUUACUUUGCUGAGUAUUUCAUCAAUCAGGGACUUUUUGAGCUCCUCUUCUUUCAGAACACAUCCCUGAAUCAUGCUCAGCAAUACCGCUGGUACCAGAUGCUGUAUCAGGCUGGUGUCUUUGCUUCCCGAAGUUCUCUCCACUGCUGUCGCAUCCGCUGCACAUGGGCCCUGGCCCUGCUGCAGACCAGUGCUGAUUACCGGGAAUUUGCCAUGGCAGCUGCCUGUAUCUCCGACACCUUGGGGAUCUCCUUGUCAGGGCUCCUGGCCUUGCCUCUGCAUAACUUCCUCUGUCACCUCUCCUGACGUUCUGGCUUCCUGAAACACAGGACACAUUGACCUGGGCCCGUACUGACAGGCCAAGAGGUCAGAACCCAGGCCCACAUCCCAGAUCCCAUCCGUGAGCUCUGCCCCCAGAUUUCCCUGCGCAGCUGGGGUGUAGAGAAGUGCUGGGUCCCUUUCCUGUUGGAGCAGGGGCAGUGAUUUUCUCCCACUCCCAAAAUGGUCUUAGGGAGUUUCUUCUUGGCAUUAUACCCUCAGAAUAAAUACCUAUUUUUAUCAAUUGA